GCUCAGCGCGCCAGGAUUCGAGGAGCUCAGGGACUGCGAGAGCUGUUGCCACGAACCUAAAGCCUCUCUCCAGCGAGGGACAACUGCAGAGAUGUCCUCAGUCCUUCACUUCUUUGUGCGUCCCUCUGGCCACGAGGGGGCAGCCUCUGCAUACACACAAAGGAAGCUGCGAGGGGAACUGCCAGCGCUGCAGGGUAUCAAGACUGAGCUGUGCUACAACGUGAACUGGACAGCUGAGUCCUUCCCAAGCGCCGAGGAGUUGAAGAAACUGACCUGGCUGUUUGGCUGCCCCUUGUUACUGGACGAUGUUGCUCAGGAGUCCUGGCUCCUUCCCGGCUCCAAUGACCUGCUGCUGGAGGUCGGGCCCAGACUGAACAUCUCCACCCCAACAUCCACCAACAUUGUGUCAGUGUGCCGGGUCGCGGGGCUGGGGGCCGUGGACCGCGUGGAGACCACCCGGCGCUACCUGCUCUCGUUUGCCCACCCCCCUUCAGCUGAGAUGGAGGCCAUGGCUCUGGCCACCCUGCAUGACCGGAUGACGGAGCAGCACUUCCCCCGUCCCAUCCAGAGCUUCUCCCUUGGGUGCGUCCCAGCACCCCUCAGCGGCCCGAUCGACAUACUGGCCGAGGGCCGGUCUGCCCUGGAGAAAGCCAACCAGGAGCUCGGUCUGGCCCUAGACUCCUGGGACCUGGAUUUCUACACCAAGCGCUUCCAGGAGCUGCAGCGGAACCCUAGCAUCGUGGAGGCCUUCGACUUGGCUCAGUCUAAUAGUGAGCACAGCCGACACUGGUUCUUCAAGGGCCGACUCCACGUGGAUGGGCAGGAGCUGGCCACCUCGCUGCUUGAGGCCAUCAUGAGCACCCAGGCCUCCUCGAACCCCAACAACAUCCUCAAGUUCUGUGACAACAGCAGCGCAAUCCAGGGGAAAGAAGUCCGAUUCCUGCGGCCUGAGGACCCCACACGGCCAAGCCGCUUCCAGCAGCGUCAGGGACUGAGACAUGUUGUCUUCACAGCAGAGACCCACAACUUCCCCACAGGAGUAGCCCCCUUCAGCGGUGCAACCACUGGCACAGGGGGCCGGAUCCGCGACGUCCAGUGUACAGGCCGCGGGGCGCACGUGGUGGCUGGCACUGCUGGCUAUUGCUUUGGAAACCUGCACGUCCCAGGUUACAGCCUGCCCUGGGAGGAUCCAAGCUUCCUGUAUCCGGGGAACUUUGCCCGACCCCUGGAGAUUGCCAUCGAGGCCAGUAAUGGGGCUUCUGACUACGGCAACAAGUUUGGGGAGCCGGUGCUGGCUGGCUUUGCCCGCUCCUUCGGCCUCCAGCUCCCAGAUGGCCAGCGGCGUGAGUGGAUCAAGCCCAUCAUGUUUAGUGGAGGCAUCGGGUGCAUGGAAGCUGAACACAUGAGCAAGGAGCCCCCAGAACCAGGCAUGGAUGUUGUGAAGGUGGGGGGUCCUGUCUACAGGAUUGGAGUUGGGGGCGGGGCCGCUUCGUCUGUGCAGGUACAGGGAGACAACGCCAGCGACCUGGACUUUGGGGCUGUGCAGCGGGGGGACCCAGAGAUGGAACAGAAGAUGAACCGCGUGAUCCGAGCUUGUGUGGAGGCCCCCAGGGGAAACCCCAUCUGCAGCCUCCAUGACCAGGGCGCCGGUGGCAAUGGCAACGUCCUGAAGGAGCUGAGCGACCCAGCUGGAGCCAUCAUUUACACCAGCCGCUUCCAGCUGGCGGACCCAACCCUGAAUGCCCUGGAAAUCUGGGGGGCUGAAUACCAGGAGUCAAAUGCGCUUCUGCUGAGGCCCCCCGACCGGGACUUCCUGAUGCAUGUCAGCGCCCGGGAACGCAGCCCGGCUUGCUUUGUGGGCACCAUCACCGGAGAUGGGAGAAUAGUGCUGGUGGAUGACCGGGAGGGUCCUGUGGGAAGAGAUGGCCAGGGCGAUGCCCCCCCGGCCCCUCCCCCAACCCCUGUGGACCUGGACCUGGACUGGGUGCUGGGAAAGAUGCCUCGGAAGGAGUUCUUCCUCCAGAGGAGUCUCCCUGUGCUGCAGCCUCUGGCCUUGCCCCCAGGGCUGAGCGUGCGCCAGGCUCUCGAGCGGGUUCUCAGGCUGCCCGCUGUGGCCAGCAAGCGCUACCUCACCAACAAGGUGGACCGCUCUGUGGGCGGCUUGGUGGCACAGCAGCAGUGUGUGGGACCCCUGCAGACCCCUCUGGCCGAUGUGGCAGUUGUGGCACUGAGUCACCAGGAGCUCGUAGGGGCUGCCACAGCCUUGGGAGAGCAACCAGUCAAGAGCCUGCUGGACCCCAAGGUGGCUGCCCGGCUGGCCGUGGCCGAAGCCCUCACCAACCUGGUGUUUGCUCUGGUCACCGACCUCCGGGAUGUGAAAUGCAGUGGGAACUGGAUGUGGGCAGCUAAGCUCCCAGGGGAGGGUGCGGCUCUGGCUGACGCCUGUGAGGCUAUGGUGGCAGUGAUGGCGGCCCUGGGUGUGGCGGUGGAUGGUGGCAAGGACUCCCUCAGCAUGGCUGCUCGGGUUGGCUCUGAGACCGUGCGGGCUCCUGGGUCGCUGGUCAUCUCAGCCUACGCUGUCUGUCCGGACAUUACGGCCACUGUGACCCCGGACCUCAAGCAUCCAGGAGGGAGAGGCCGUCUGCUCUACGUGCCCCUGAGUCCCGGGCAGCACCGGCUGGGGGGCACAGCUCUGGCCCAGUGUUUCUCCCAGCUUGGCGAGCAGCCUCCUGACCUGGACUUUCCUGAGAACUUGGUGCGUGCCUUCAGCAUCACCCAGGGGCUGCUGAAAGACCGCCUGCUCAGCUCAGGCCAUGAUGUCAGUGACGGGGGUCUCAUCACCUGCCUGCUAGAGAUGGCCUUUGCCGGGAAUUGUGGGAUAGAGGUGGACCUCCCUGCACCUGGGGUCGAUGCGCUGCCUGUGCUGUUUGCUGAGGAGCCAGGCCUGGCAUUGGAGGUGCAGGAGCCAGACCUGGCCCGAGUGCUGGCACGUUACCGGGACUCUGGCCUCCACUGCCUGGAGCUGGGCUGCACGGGCGAUGCCGGGCCCCAUGCCAUGGUCCGCAUAUCAGUGAACAGGGCUGUGGCUGUGGAGGAGCCCGUCGGGCGGCUCCGAUCCCUGUGGGAGGAGACCAGUUUCCAGCUGGAGCGGCUGCAGGCGGAGCCGCAGUGUGUGGCCGAAGAAGAGCGGGGGCUGAGGGAGCGGACGGGGCCCACCUACUACCUGCCCCCCACCUUUCCCAAAGCUUCCGUGCCUCACGCGCCUGGCGGUGCCGCCCCCCGAGUUGCCAUCUUCCGAGAAGAAGGCAGCAACGGAGACCGGGAGAUGGCCGAUGCCUUCCACCUGGCUGGGUUUGAGGUGUGGGACGUGACCAUGCAGGACCUCUGCUCUGGAGCAAUUGGCCUGGACACGUUCCGGGGAGCGGCCUUCGUGGGUGGCUUCAGCUAUGCCGAUGUCCUGGGCUCUGCCAAAGGGUGGGCAGCUGCUGUGACCUUUAACCCACGGGCCGGGGCUGAGCUGAGGCGCUUCCGGGAGCGGCCAGACACCUUCAGCCUGGGCGUGUGUAACGGCUGCCAGCUGCUGGCUCUGCUGGGCUGGGUGGGAGGCAGUCCCGGGGAGGAGGCAGCGGAGAGGGGCCAGGAUUCCUGGCCAGCCCGGCCCGGCCUCCUGCUGCGCCACAACCUGUCGGGGCGUUAUGAGUCACGCUGGGCCAGCGUGCGUGUGGGACCCGGGCCAGCCCUGAUGCUGCGAGGGAUGGAGGGCGCCGUGCUGCCCGUGUGGAGCGCUCACGGGGAAGGUUACAUGGCAUUUUCCUCUCCGGAACUCCAAGCCCAGAUCGAGGCCGGGGGCUUGGCUCCGCUGCACUGGGCAGACGAUGAUGGGAACCCCACAGAACAGUACCCCCUGAAUCCCAACGGGUCCCCAGGGGGCGUGGCUGGCGUCUGCUCCCCUGACGGCCGCCACCUGGCUCUCAUGCCGCACCCGGAGCGGUCUGUGCGGCCUUGGCAGUGGGCAUGGCGGCCUCCUCCCUUUGACAUGCUGGCCACCUCGCCCUGGCUCCAGCUCUUCGUGAAUGCCCGAAAGUGGACCCAGGAAGGAGGCUGCUGAGCAGGCCAGGAGGCCGCCCUGGGCCCCAUGGUUUGUGCCUGGGGUGACUGCUGCCCUCUCACCCAUUCCCUUUAGAAAUACCUCAUAUUCUUUCCAACUGUAUUUUGGAGGGACAAGGACCAAAAUCCCAAAAAAAGCCUCAGCUCAUUUUACUAAUCUGCCUGUCAUUGCCUGACGCCAUUGGACCUGUUUUCAGUUCUACUCUGACAUGUUUUGUUCUUUGUGGGCCCGGGAAGCCCACAUGGGCUGUGAGGGUUUCAGAGAAAAGAGCCUGCAGCGGGAAGUUAGGAUGCAGGGGAGGACGGGGUUCCAUGGCCCCCCCUCACUGUACCUUGUCACUCGUGUCACUUAUCUGAGCUGUCACGUAUGGCCCCCUUCCCCAUCACCGGGGUUUAGAGGAUGGGGGUGUACAAAACCAUGCAGGUCAGGACCUAAUUGUUCUCAUCUGAAAACCAGCAGCAGCUUUCUGGAUGCUUCUUUUUAAAUGCUGCACGGUGCUGAGCAUGAGCAGUCGUUGGCAGCUUUUCUGACAGGGUCUCCCUCUGUGCCAUAGGACUGCCCUGGUGCUGGCCUCUGAACUCAGUUUUCCUGACUUUGACUUUGAAUGUAGCAGAUCGCUUCCUGACAGCAGUGGUCAGCACCCUGAUGCCUCACACCGAGUAGUAUUCAUUCAUUCAUUCAUUCAUUCAUUCCAUUAACAUUUGAUGAUUUACCAUGGUGCCAAGCACUCUCACUGCUGCCAGGGAGUUUAUGAUCUAAUAAGAUUAUUUUUUCUUUUCUUUCUUUUUUCUUCUUUUUCUUUUUUGCU